CAAUGGCGCUCUCCGACAUGGUUUCAUGCUUUCUUCAACCUCGAAACAUCCAUCGACACCUUUCGAUUCAAUUCCUUAUCUUCUUUUUAUUUCUGCUUCCCCAUGCUAAGUCAUUUUCUUUCGACUUCCCUAGUUUCCAGCCAAAUAUGAAAAGCAUACAAUUCGAGGGUGAUGCAUUCCCGUCUGGUAAUGGAGUUCUUGAACUCACAAAGAAUCAACUCAAUGGCCCCAUCAAUGGAAGUGUAGGUCAUGCCUCAUAUAAUGAAGCUGUCCGCCUCCGGGAUUCAACAACAGGGAAGGUUGCCGAUUUCACUACUCAUUUCUCCUUUAUCAUGGACUCUUUGAAUUCGUCAGAUUAUGGUGAAGGGAUUGCCUUCUUCAUCGCACCAUUUGAAUAUCAAAUGCCUAACAAUUCCGGAGUUGGGUCUCUUGGACUGUUUAGUGCUGGAUCCAAUUUCAGUACUAACACCUCAUUGAAUAAAAUUGUGGCAGUUGAGUUUGACAGUUUCAAAGACAGCUGGGAUCCAAAUGAUAAUCAUGUAGGAAUCAAUGUCAAUUUCAUUGUCUCUGUGGCGAAUGUCACAUGGAAAAGCAGCAUCAGGAAUGGAUCAAGAGCAAACGCAUGGGUAAGUUAUAACUCAACUACCCAAAAUCUUAGUGUUUUCCUAACGUAUGCUGAUAAUCCUGUCUUUGGCGGCAACUCCAGCCUUUCCCAUAAAGUUGAUUUGAGCGAGUUGCCAGAUUUGGUUAGAGUUGGUUUCUCCGCUGCUACAGGUGAUUACACAGAAUUACAUUCAAUAAGUUCUUGGUCAUUCAAUUCAAGUUUGGAGGUCGGAAAUCAAGUUAACAAAAACAACAAAGUGGGGUUGGGGGUUGGUUUAGGUGUGGGUUUUGGUGUAUUGAGUUGUGGAUUAGGUCUACUUUGGUUCAUCUAUUGGAGAAAAAGGGGUGAUGGAGAAAAUGAAGGUUUGGACGAUGAUGUCUUUAUGGAUGAUGAAUUUGAAAAGGGAACUGGGCCAAGGAGGUUCACUUAUCGCGAACUCACUCAUGCAACAAACAACUUUGCCGAAGGAGGGAAGCUUGGGGAGGGAGGAUUCGGAGGCGUUUAUAAGGGUUUCUUAAGUGAAUCCAGUACAGAAAUUGCUGUUAAGAGGGUCUCGAAAGGAUCAAAGCAAGGGAGAAAGGAGUAUAUGUCAGAAGUGAAUAUCAUUAGUCGUUUAAGACACAGAAAUUUGGUUCAACUUAUUGGUUGGUGCCAUGCACAGGGUGAGUUCCUCCUCGUGUACGAGUACAUGCCUAAUGGAAGCCUUGAUACUCAUCUCUUUGGAGGAAAGAUUAUGCUAACAUGGCCAGUUAGGGAUAAGAUAGCCCUUGGAUUGGCUUCAUCUUUGUUGUACCUUCACGAAGAAUGGGAACAAUGUGUAGUUCACAGAGAUAUCAAGUCAAGCAACAUCAUGCUGGAUGCAAAGUUCAAUGCCAAGCUUGGUGAUUUUGGUCUGGCGAGGCUUGUAGACCAUGAGUUGGGGUCACAAACAACUGUUUUGGCAGGCACUAUGGGCUACCUAGCCCCAGAGUGUGUCACCACAGGCAGGGCAAGUAAGGAAUCUGAUGUCUAUAGUUUUGGGGUGGUUUGCCUUGAGAUUGCGUGUGGAAGAAAGCCAGUGGACCCAAGGGAAGAACCGAGCAAGGUAAGGCUGGUAGAGUGGGUAUGGAAUCUUUAUGGAAAAGGCCAAAUCCUUGAAGCUGUUGACAAGGGAUUAAGCAUGGAAUUCGAUGAGCAGCAAAUGGAACGCUUGAUGGUAGUUGGGCUAUGGUGUUGUCAUCCCGAUCCCAUUAUCCGACCUUCAAUAAAGCAAGUGAUAAAUGUUCUUAAUUCCGAAGUUCCAUUGCCUGAACUUCCCUCGAAGUUUCCGGUGCCAAUGUAUUCUCUACCUCCGGUGAAUAUGUCAUGUUUAUUCUCCGAUACAUCAUUGGGUCACACAGGGUCAACGAAAAACCGGACAGAGUGUUCAUGUAAGAGUUGCUCUACUUAUUUGUCAAAUACGUCAGCAGGUUCUGCAACAGCUCUUCUAAAUUCGGGUGUCGAUCAUGCUUAUAAUCAUGUUUAAUAGAUUUACUUCAAUUAGGCCGCAUUGAUUUGUGUAUUUUUCUUUUUCAUAUUCUCCAAUAUUAAUUAUCUUCAUAGCAAUUAGGAUUUUAGCCAAUCGAGUCAUGUUGCUUAAAACUUUUAUUAGUAUCAGAUUCUUCAUUCUUU